AUGUCGUCGCCAUGGAAGAAGAAACAACCCGAGGUAGUGGUAGACGCUGUAUUAAAGCGGGCUGAAGUUGGAAAGAUUGGCCGGAAACUCAAGACUCGUCUUGCACUCGCACAAUUCAAAGCCGCUCGGGGUUGGGAGGACCUCACCCUUGACAGCAUCGAGCCCAAAGUUGAGGAGGAGCUGAGGAAGAGAAGGCCUACAUCAAGCGGAGAUAUGUUCUCGGAUUCUUCGUCCAGCGCUGCUCUUGACUUUAGGAGCUCUCCAAUCAAGAAUUCCGCAAUCUUUUCGGAUCAGGUUGGACCAAGAAGUGGAAGUGGCAGCGAAUACAGGAAACGACACUAUAACAGCUUCGAGCAGCCAAGCUCAAGUGCGAGUUCACGCAAGAGGUUCCGUUCUUCUCCAACGAAGCCGAUCAAUAACCGUGGCUAUCAGAUUACUCAAUCGUCUCCGAUCAAACCACGAAAACAGCCUCACUUCACAACAUCCUCUGGCCCAAGCCUAUCCUUCUAUGCCAGAAGUUCACAUAACGACAUGCACAAUAAUUUUGCGGCCAUAUCAGAUGACGAGGACAACCAUCUUCCUGAGCACUCCUUCAAUCUACGCUCGUCUCCACCACGAACUCCGUCGCCAGUUCGGAAUAAGGGAAGCAUUGGCCGUCGUAAGAAUGGAAAGUCGGGUGAAGAGGGUGCAGAUUUACUGCUGUACCUAGCAACCUCCCCAUCUCCUGCAAAUCCAUCUCGUUCGAGAAUGCAACCACCAUCUACUCCACCUCCCAAGGUCCUUGCGUUACCUUCAUCGAUGAUGAAUACGCCUGGAGGUAGCAGUGGUGCUGGUGGUGGCUUUAUGAACUUUCAACCAAAUACCCCUUCGCAGAAUUUCGAUUUUGCCGACUUCGUCAAUAUCACUCCUAGCCCAGCGCAAAAGGCAUGGCCAAAGACACCCCGAACAGCUAAAACGCCAUUGACUGUAACCCGAAGACGUCUGGACUUCGACAUUCCAAGCUCAAGCCCCAACAUGCGCGAAGGACCUGGGACUACUAAACAUACUGGCCUCGGGAUGCAACUUGGUGGCAAUCUGCUUUCAUGA